AUGCGUCCGUUCACAGUGAUUCCUUGCAGAACGUUUCGAUUGCUAUGCACCUCAGAACUAACUCUGCGGAUAGCCAAGGGUGUAGUAGAAGGUCCGUCGCGUAACCUUUUGGAGUCGGUGGCUCAAUCGAUUGCCAACACCACGCUGCUCAAGUUCCCUCAGAUCUCUGCUGUUCGAGUGAAGGUCGGGAAACCUCAUGUCGCGGUGCAAGGCGUCGUGGACUACUUGGGAGUGGAGAUACUGAGGCACAGAAAUGCAUGA